UGUCAGUGGGUCAGACUUUUUUCUCACACAGCUACUUCGCGCAUUACAGAGGGAAGUUGCAUGCACAGGAAGCCUUUGAAUGCAUGGGGAGAGAGAGAGUAGAAAAAUAAAAGGCAACGCCUGCUGCCGGUCACAGUAAAGUAUAUGUAUGAUCAGCUCAUGAGAGCAGACGGCUAACAAACUCCUUUCUUAACUGAGUGGAUUGUGUCUGACAGCUGUCUAUCAGUCAACUGGCAGAGCAGAAUGUCACGGCGGGACCAGAGGUUUCGGAGAGGAAUGAAAGGACGGUGUUGUGAAUGUGGCUGCAUCCUGUCUCACUGGUAUUAUGAAAGAGAGGGACAGCUCUAUUGUAAGAAGCACUACUGGUCCCGCUAUGGAGAACACUGCCAUGGCUGCAAAGAGACCAUCGCAACAGGACUCAUUAUGGUAGCUGGAGAGCAAAAGUACCACCCUGAAUGCUUCACUUGCAUGAGCUGUGAAAUGGUCAUUGGAGACGGAGACACCUACACACUUCUUGAACGCUCUAAACUCUACUGUGGCCACUGUUUCUGUCAGGGUGUGUCAACUGUGAUGUCAGCUUCUCCACUCACCAAGAGUCCCCACAUGGUGGCGCUGGUGUCUCUCCCUCCCCAUGCAGUCGGUCGACGAGGCCUAACUGUUGUCACUGACUUCAGCCAAGACAAAAGCCUUCUAGUCACUGUGACAGAGUUAGACUCAGCUGUCCUCAGCGAUGACCUGCUGUCUUCUGUUCACGUGGGUGAUCGAGUACUGGAGGUCAACGGCAUCCCAGUCCGCAAUAUUUCCCCAGACGAGAUAAACCAUGUGAUCCAGGACACCAGCAGACCCCUGCAGUUAACCAUCGAACACAACCCGCAGUCUCCUCCUGAUCUCCUUCACUCAGACACCACCCCAGAUAACAUCACAGACCCAAACUCCUGUGUCCGCGAAAAAAUUUCUUCUACUCAGAAACUCCCCAGCCUGGAGGAAGAGCCAAGUCCACAGGAGCAGACAGAUGAACAAAUCAAAAUGAGCCUCUCCCCACCACAGAACCAAGGAGCCAUGGGAAUGCGAUCCAGACACAUUCUGCGCAGCUGUAGUAUAGAUAAGUGUCCCCUGUCUCCUGGAGCACUGUCGCUUUUAUCUCAAAGGAGAGACAUGGUUCGCUCAGAGUCACUUCGUGUAGAUCCUGGAGACCGAACCCACCGCAUCUUCAGACCUUCAGACCUCAUCCAUGGAGAAGUGCUUGGCAAGGGCUGCUUUGGACAGGCUGUCAAGGUAACACAUCAGGAGACAGGAGAGGUGAUGGUGAUGAAAGAGCUGAUAAGGUCUGAUGAAGAGACGCAAAGGACUUUCUUAAAAGAGGUGAAGGUGAUGCGCUGCCUUGACCAUCCCAAUGUUCUCAAGUUCAUUGGACUGUUUUAUAAAGACAAACGGAUACAUUUUGUCUCCGAGUACAUCCAGGGAGGAACUCUCCGAGAGACCAUCAUGAAAAUGGACAAGGAUUUUCCCUGGAAUAUAAGAGUUGGUUAUGCCAAAGACAUUGCAGCUGGAAUGGCAUAUCUACACUCCAUGAAUGUUAUCCAUCGAGACCUAAACUCACACAACUGUUUGGUCAGAGAGAACCAGUCUGUGGUCGUAGCAGAUUUUGGACUAGCGAGGCUGGUGAUGGAGGAGAGGAACCAGAGCAGAACAUCUUCACUGGAGCGGUCUGCGAAGGGAACGCUGUCAGAGCUCCGCAGGCUUGAUCGGAGAAAGCGGUACACCGUGGUAGGAAACCCCUACUGGAUGGCUCCUGAGAUGAUCCAUGGGAAGAGCUAUGAUGAACGGGUGGACAUCUUUUCCUUUGGCAUCAUGAUAUGCGAGAUAAUAGGCAGAGUGAGUGCUGACCCUGACUACCUUCCCCGCACAAAUGACUUUGGGCUAAAUGUAGCUGGUUUCCUGCAGCAGUACCACCCUCCACAGUGCCCCUCUGCCUUUCUGCCGCUGGCUGUCCUCUGCUGUGACAUGGACACAGAUAAACGUCCUACUUUUUCAAAGAUGGAGGAGUGGCUGGACAACCUGCUGAUGAACCUGGACAUCGGUCUGCCUCUGCUCUCUGAGUUAGAGCAUCUCUGUAGAGCCUUCUGGCAAAACAACAACCACCAAAUUCAUGCUCACAAACAGGACAAAACCCUUAUUUCUCAAGAACAAAUCCAGCCUUCACAGCCACAAAGACAAAGCCCUAAUCCUAAGCAACGGUCAGACAAUGAAAAUAACCACAGAGAGCCUAACCUUGUUACUCAAAGCCAAGACCAAAAUAGUAUGCCAGAAAGCCAUUCAAAUGGGGAGCAGCACACAAGUGACGAUCAUUGCAAAAACAGCUCUGAAACCUAUGAACACAGUAACCCCACAGGACAACUAACAGCCCAGCAUGAGCCGUCACAAUCACUGCAGGCCAGGAAAUGGAUGCUUGCUCAGUCAAACAGGCCCAGAAGGAUAUGCAGCGCACUGUGGGACAGAUCUACAGAGGACAGCUCUUUUCUCUGACUGCUUAGGCUGAUGACAAAGACAGAACAUAUCUACAAAGUCCAGGGAUUAAAGAUGUUAUGAAGACUUGUGUGCCUUUUGAAGUGAAACAACUGGGAGACAACUGAAAGAGUCAUAAAUUUGUAUAUGGAGGACUGAGGCAGGGAAAACCUGUGGAGGCACGAAACCAAUCAGUAAAGACUGAUAUGGGAUAUUUUGCAUGAGAAGCAGUAAAAAUGUGUAUGUAGCUUGAAAACAAUUACCUAGCAAAUUACAUUGGCCUCAUAUUUCUCUGUGAACCAGUGUUUGUGCAGUUGUAGCUAGAGCCCAACUGAUACUGGAUUUAGUUGAUGAACAUACUGGCAUUUGGGAGUUUUUGUUUUUGUUCAAUUUAAUUGAAUAGCAGCUAUGCAGCCCCAAAUGCAACAAACUGCAAUGCACUGUGUAUUCUGACACCUUUCUAUCAGAACCAGCAUUAACUCCUUCAGCAAUUUGAGCAACGGUAGCUCAUCUGUUGGAUCGGACUACAUGGGCCAGGUUUCACUCCCCAUGUGCAUCAAUGACCCUGUCGCCGGUUCACCAUUGUUCCUUCCUUAGACCACUUUUGAUAAAUACUGACCACUGCAGACCAGGAACACCCCACAAGAGCUGCAGGAUUAGAGAUGCUCUGACAAUUUGGCCCUUGUCAAACUGACUCAAAUCCUUACAUUUGCCCAUUUUUCCUGCUUCUAACACAUCAACUUUGAGGACAAAAUGUUCACUUGCUGCCUAAUUUAUCCAACUCAUUCACCGGUGUCAUGAUGAAGAGAUAAUCAGUGUUAUUCACUCCACCUGUCUGUGGUCAUGGAAUUUCUAUGCUACAAUUUAUUUUUACUAAUUGGCCAACAAUAGGGUAUUAUUAUGUUUGUCUAAAGCUAAACCUUGCUGGCUAGUUCAUCACUUGGGCUCUAGCUUCAACUUUGUCCAGAAGCUGUGAAACACAUGUCACUUUAUACUUUAAACUAUAUUGCAUUAUUUAUCAGAAUGCCUUAAGUAUUUUCUCUUGACAAAUGUCAAGCCACAUGCAAUACACGGUUCUGUGAACAUGAAAAAAACUACUGAUGCUACUAAACUGUCGAUAAUAAAGAGAAAUGCAAAUGA